GAAACAUACAAAAAUGUGUUCUCACGCGUGCGUUGCUUUCACCAACAUCCGGAUGUAAACAACGUGAGCCGGCAUUCUAAAACAAUGAGACACAUGAGAGGAAGAGGAGGACCAAUGAGGGGAGGUAUGAUGAGGCCCAUGGGACCAAGACCUCCAUUCAGAGCCUUCAUACCACAUAUUCCAUUCGAUCUAGUUCAGUGCGAGACUGUUUUUACAAGAGCUAAGCCUGCACCAGAUGAUAAAAGCUUCACAGAUGCCCUGCUUAAAAGACACAAUGACCUAACACCAUCAGCAACAGAACAGUCGGCCAUCUUGUCCUUAGUAACAAAGAUUCAGGGUGCAUUAGAUGCUUUAGUUUUAACACCAGCAACAUUUGAACCUGCUCAAAUAGAAGAGGUUCGACAGAUUGGAUCAUUUAAGAAGGGAACAAUGAUGGCUGGACACAAUGUAGCUGAUAUAGUUGUUAUGUUAAAAACUUUACCUACCAAGGAAGCUGUGGCUGCACUAGGAAAUAAAAUAGUAGAAGAUAUGAAAUUAACAGAUCCACAGGAAGUGUUGAGUAUGUUGACCAACGAUACAGGAUUUGAGAUAAGUUCAGCAGACGCCACAGUUAAAUGUCUAAUCACAACUAUACCACCUAAUCUGAAGAAAUUAGAACAAGAUUUACACUUGGAUGGUAAAUUAAUGCAGGCCCACUUAGCAGGUAUAAGACAUGCAAGAUGGGUGGAGGAAAAUGCUUGUCAUUCUAGUAUAAAAGUAUUAAUACGGUUAUUACGAGAUUUAAAGAACAGAUUUAAAGGAUUUGAACCUCUUACACCAUGGAUUAUAGAUCUCCUGGCUCACUACUCAAUAAUGAACAAUCCAGCCAGACAACCAAUCUCAAUCAACAUAGCUUUUAAGAGAUGUUUACAGCUAAUGUCAGCAGGAUUCUUCCUUCCUGGUUCUGUGGGAAUAACCGACCCCUGUGAACAAGGUGCUGUCAGAGUUCACACAGUGAUGACCCUAGAACAACAAGAUCAAGUAUGCUUUACAUCACAGACAUUGUUACGUGUCCUCACUCAUGGGGGAUAUAAACAGGUGCUUGGAUUAGAGGGAAAUGCCAGCAUAGCAACAGACAUGAGUGUAUGGGAAGGAGUGGUUGUCACACCGUCAGACAAAGCUUAUGAGAAGCCAGAAAAGAAAGAAGGAGAAGAAGAAGAGGAUGAGGAGGAUGAAGAAGGAAUGGAAACUCAAGAAUAAACAGUGUGAAAUUGUGUACACAAAACAAUAAUGAAAUUGAACUUAUGUAAAUGGCUGGACAAAAAUUAAACUAAGGUGAAAGCAAGGAUUCUAGAAGUUCAGUUUAAGAUUUCCAGUUAUACAAUAAUAGUGUGCAAUCUCAUCAUAACUGAUAAUUGUUGUUUCACUGUAAUAGGUCUAAUUUCCUAUCUUUUUAUAGAUAUUGUUGAAGUCAUUGUUCAUCUAUCAUGUAACAUGUGUUUGUUAAGUAAGUGUACUGUUUUUGUAAAAAAAAAUGAUUAAAGAUUAUCAUGAUUAUAUUAUGACUUUCAACAGUUAACAUAUCUUUAAAAUUUUAAUCCUAGUUUCUAUGAUGUCAGAAUUUAUGGGUUGAUGCCAUUAUGUCAGACAACUACUAUCACUCUUAAUUUUUUUUGUUUUUCAAUUUUGUCAAAUACCUUAAAAAUAACAAUAUAUUUCUGUGUGAUAUUUAAAAACCAGCUAUAGAUAAAUGAAAUCAAUCAAUAAUGUUUUGCAAGACUUUAGGCUACAAAUAAUUAUGAUGGGCAAACUUGUUUGACAACGCCUUAUUGGAUUUUUCUUUAAUGCCUAUUUCUAACUUUUUUCAUAAAAAUUAAUUUUAACCAUCUUUAUGAAAAUGAUUU